AUGGAUGGCGAACCAAAAGCGCAACUUGUAGACGUGAAUUUGAAGGUUCGGCCUGGAUCCCUCGUGGCCAUUGUGGGAUCCGUUGGAAGCGGAAAGUCGUCGCUGCUUGCUGCGGUUCUGGGAGACAUGCAUUUGAUUCAAGGCAAAGUCACGUGCACGGGUCGUGUAGCAUUGUCUCCACAGCUUCCAGUCGUGCACAAUAUGACCAUCAGAGAUAAUAUUUUGUACGGCAAGCCUAUGGAUGUCCCCCUCUACCACCGUGUUCUUCGGUGUUGCCAACUGAUUGACGACCUCAAUAGGUUGGAGGCUCGAGAUUUGACGGAAGUUGGUGAGAAGGGCACCAACCUCAGCGGUGGUCAAAAACAGCGGAUAUCCAUUGCCCGGGCUGCGUAUAGCCAGAGCGACGUGUACCUGCUUGAUGACCCGCUUAGCGCGCUGGAUCCUGUCGUUGCCAGCCGCAUAUUCAGAAACGUGAUUGGGAAUAACGGCCUGCUUCGGCACAAGACGCGAAUUAUGGUCUGCAAUCAAAGACGAUACUUGCACUACAUGGAUAAAGUCAUCUUUCUUAAUAACGGGAAUGCUGAGACAGGGUGGCAGCUGCUGCUUAGCCUCUUGAAGCUGGUGCAGUGGCCGGCAUAUCUGGCGAAGCGCUUGUCACGAUGCCUGCACGAUGACAUGCUGAGACAUGUGCUUCAAAGUCCUGUAUCCUUCUUCGACGAGUCGCCCAGGGGUCGCAUACUGAACCGCUUCUCUACCGACUUGGAGUACGUAGACGUUCGAACGUUCCUGAAUGAAAAGCAAAGUGUUCAAAAUACAAUUACUACACUCUCAAAGGCAGCCGUAAUCGGAACGCAGUCACCGAUGCUUGUAGGCGUCGCAAUGGUCAUCACUGCCAUCAUCGCCUUUGGAAUGAGUGUGGCUGUCAAGGUUUCUCACAGUGCUCGUUACCACGAGAGCCUGGCUACGUCGCGGCUUCUGCAACAUACAACCGAGACGGUGGACUCUCUGAGCAGCGUACGAGCGUACGGCGUGACUGAGUGGUUCUGGCGACACUGCUGCCGCCUCGUGGAUGAUGCGAUGCGCGGCUACUUAUGCUUCGGCGUUACGUUCCGAUUCGUCCGCACACUGACGGCCACAGGGGGCUUCGUGGUCGUGAUGUGCACGCUGCUGGCAAACGUCUUGUUCCCUGGUCCCAAUGGUCCAGAUCCGAGCAGCCUAGGUUUGGCUCUCAGCUCCGCCUGCUCCGCCGAUGUACCACCGUCGCGCAGAAAAACGGCUGCGCCACUAUGUGAACCCAGCUGGCCCAGUCAAGGGAGCAUUGAGUUUCAGAACUUCUCAUCUUCCUAUCGGCCAGGCUUGCUGCCAGAUGUGCUCAGCGAAGUCACAUUCACAAUUCAGCCCAUGGAAAAGGUCGGAGUAGUCGGGCGCACUGGAGCGGGAAAGUCAUCCCUUGUGCUCGCCCUACUGCGCCUGCUCAGGCCAACUAAAGGACACAUCGUUAUCGACGACGUGGAUAUCUCUACGGUGCCGCUCCAGACGCUGCGAAGGAGCAUUACAGUCAUUCCUCAGGACCCCAGCCUCGUCAGGGGAACGCUGAGGAUGAACCUGGAUCCCACGAAUUCACACUCUGACGGAGACAUCUGGCGGGCCUUGGAACACUCCCACCUUGCCAAGUUCGUCUUGGAAAACCCCAAAGGAUUGCAGCUUGAAACAGGAGAUGGCGGCGAUAAUUUGAGCGUGGGCCAGCGGCAGCUCGUCUGCCUGGCGCGGGCUCUCCUGAGGAAGUCCAAAAUCCUGCUUCUUGACGAGGCUACAUCGCAGAUGGACGGCGACACGGAUCGUCUCAUACAAGUCACACUCAAGAAGGCAUUCGCGAACUGCACUGUUGUCACCGUGGCACAUCGCAUUCACACGGUUCUCGAUUGCGACAGGGUCCUUGUCCUCGAAGAUGGCCGAGUUCAAGAAUUUGAUUCUGUACAAAAACUGCUUGGGGACUCUUCAUCCGCUUUUUACAGUAUAGCAGUGGAGGCUGGUAUUCAUCGUACCGAAAGCGAACGACAACGUGUCAUUACAGCCCUAUAAUCACUGAUUAUCGAAUAGUUAUAAUAAAACGCUGUAAA